GCCGCCCCCGCAUCGCCCUCCGGUGCGGAGCCCCCGCCCGCUGCGCGGGCCGGCGGAGCCGCCAGGGCCGAGGUGCGGCGGCAGGCCGGGAGCGGGCGGGUGGGAGCCCGCGGCGAGGGCAGCCCGCGGCCGGACAAAGCAUGGUGGAGGCGGAGGCGGCGGCAGCGAGAACCCCGGCGGAGCCCCGCGGCAGCCUGGCAAGAUAUGAGAAAUGAGUGUUGGACGCAGAAGAUUAAAGCUGCUGGGAAUUCUGAUGAUGGUAAACUUUUUUAUUUAUGUGAUUGUGGAAGUCUCGAAGAGCGGCAGCCAAGACAAGAAUGCAAAAGGCCGUGUUGUUAUACCACGUAGCAAAUUCUGGAGGAAAUUCACUCCUCACAAAGCUUAUUGGAACAAACAGCAACAGAAGCUUGAGCUGCUGUACAACCCUAUUCUGUCCUUGCUUUCCAAUAUGACUGUGGAAGAGAACUUGGUUUCUAACCUGAGUGCCCUUAGUUCCUGUGACCCUGACCCCUUGGUGCACUCAGAGGUUAGUGACUUUGCAAACUUGCCAGAGAGAUUCAAAGACUUCCUCCUCUAUCUGAGGUGUAGAAAUUACUCAUUGCUAAUGGAUCAGCCAAACAAGUGUGAACAGAAACCUUUCCUGCUGCUGGCUAUUAAAUCACUUAUACCCCAUUUUGAUAGAAGACAAGCAAUCAGGGAAUCCUGGGGCAAGGAAAUAGAAUCAGGGGAUGUGAUAGUCAGAAGGGUCUUCUUACUUGGGCAGACCCCACCAGAAGAUCAUUUUCCUGACCUUUCACACAUGAUUAAAUUUGAGAGUGACAGCCACCGAGACAUUCUCCUCUGGAACUACAGAGACACUUUCUUCAAUCUGACUCUGAAAGAGGUGCUGUUUCUGAAGUGGGUCAGCAGUAGCUGUGCAAAUGUCCAGUUUAUUUUUAAGGGUGAUGAUGAUGUUUUUGUGAAUACCAAUCAGAUCCUGGAUUACUUGAAAAGCUUAUCAAAGGAAAAAGCCAAAGACUUAUUUAUAGGUGACGUGAUCAAAGAUGCUGGACCUCACAGAGAGAAAAAAUUGAAGUACUACAUCCCGGAAAGCGUUUAUGAAGGUUCGUAUCCCCCGUACGCAGGAGGCGGUGGCUUCCUGUACUCUGGUGAUCUGGCACUAAGACUGAAUAAUGCAUCUGACCAGGUUCUCCUCUACCCUAUUGAUGAUGUUUAUACUGGAAUGUGCCUUCAGAAGCUUGGGCUUGCUCCAGAAAAACACAAAGGCUUCAAAACAUUUGAUAUCGAAGAGAAAUACAGAAAUAACAUCUGUUCCUACACAAACUUAAUGUUAGUGCAUAGUAGAAAACCUCAAGAAAUGAUUAAGAUUUGGACACGCUUGCAAGACCCACACUUAAAUUGUUAAAGUAAUGUGCAUAAGUGUCUUAAGUCCAAAAAACUUUGCGAGUUUGGAUCACUGAAAUUCUGUUUAAUAGUUGAAUUUUUGCUGUAGACUUUUUCCUGUACUUCUGAAAUCAAGAGUAAUACUAAAAUUUGAAGGGAUGACUUGAAGACUUGGUCCUGACUUUUCCACUGGUGGUCCUGGUAGUCGUUAUGUUUCAAUAUUGGUCUUAAUUUUAAAAAAGACUUUGAGGCUAUAACUAGCUGUCAGUGACUGGUUAGCUGGAAACAGGGAUUGCCUGCCACAAUGCAUCUUUCAUCAGUUGUCAUGGUGGAAAAUAUUUUUCCCUUGAGUAGUGUUUGUGUGUGGAAACCACUGUAAAUUCAAAAUACACUAACUGGGGGAAUGUAGUUUUACUUUUAGGUAUGAUACAGUUAUAAGACCUUAAAUUUUGUUGGUUUUUGUUUUUUUUUUUUAAUUUAUAGUUUUCAGUUCUUUUGCACCCUGAAACAGUAUUUUUUUUCCCCUUCACUUACAAUCCUUUGUGCAAAGUGUAUGUGAGUCUGAAGGAUUUACCCUUUCAUUAGAUGAAGCUAUUUUUUUUUUACCAAAAAAAAAGCAAUAUUCUGCUUGAAAUGCCCCCUAAGAGCUCAAUGUGUAAGGAAAAAUAGGAGGUGUUUUUCAGGGCUGGGCAAGUAGGGCUGCCCCUGCCUCAAGCCUACAUGCUGAAGCUGACUUAUGGCUCAUGUUACUUGUGUGGAAAGCUAUUCUGGUCAAUCCUUGUUUUCUGUUUGGGUACUAAAUGUGAUCAGGUAGGUUGAUUUGCUGGAAAUGACUGAAAUUGCACAUUGCUUCUUGAGAGCAUUGUUUGGGUUGCCUGUAAAGCGCUGGUGAAUCUGGAAUUGUGCACAUCCCAAGAGUUUCGAAUUCCAAACCAAGCUUUGAAGUUUGCAUGAAGCCUCAUGUAGAGUUACAUGUGUCCUCGAAACUCAGAUCUUCUCUAUUUCCACAUUGUGCUUAUAAGAAUUACUCUAAAUAGUGGUGGCUUUCUUUGUAUAUGUAGAAGUGCCUGUCUAUUUAUUGUUCAGAUUGAAGACCAAAACAUUUUCUUAAAUAUAUUUUGUGUAACAUUUUAUUUGUAUAGUGGUGUCACUCGGAUAUUUAAAUAGAGCAUGAUAUUUUAAAUCUGAGAAGUGUAACGUGGUAAAUAAAGCUAAUUGUUAUUUUUGAAUUUGGAGAAUAAAAUGUAAUUUAAAUAUU